CAUUUUUUUAUUCUCCAAACAAUGGAAGCUACUCUCAUGGCUUCCUCCUCCUCCACCUCUCCCCUUUCUCUUCUACGAACCCUAGUCUUCCAAUGUCCCCAGAGGCUCAGAUUAACUCAUUGGUGGUCGCCCCCCUCUAAUGGAUUCUCUUAUCAGAAGAAGCUCUCUGUCGAGAGGGGAAGGCUGGUGGUGGCAGGGGCUAAGAAGAGGAAAAACAAGCCCGACUCCCACAGCUUCGUUUCCAAGCCGGACGAGGCCACCGGGCCGUUCCCCGAAGCCGUCCUGCUAAAAAAGAAAACAGUUAAGGAAGAUGGUAGUGUUUUACCUGAAUUUGCAGAUGCUGAAGAAGAAAAGCUUUAUGAGUUUCUCAAGCUUCAGCUAGAGAGUGAUUUAAAUGUUGAAAGAGUGCGUCAUUAUGAGGUGGUUUAUUUAAUUCAUGAAGACCAUGUGGAUGAGGUUGAAAGUGUCAUAUCAAAAGUGCAAGAUUUUAUCAGGGAGAGAAAAGGAAGGAUUUGGAGGCUGAACAAUUGGGGGCUUAGACGACUUGCUUAUAAGAUAAGGAAGGCAAAGAACGCCAACUAUAUUUUGAUGAACUUUGAGCUGGAAGCCAAAUUAAUCAAUGACUUCAAGAGCAUGCUGGACAAAGAUGAACGGAUCAUUCGGCAUCUUGUGAUCAAGCGUGAUGAGCCAAUCACAGAGGACUGUCCUCCCCCACCAGAGUACCACACUGUACGUGCUCAACAGGGCAUGCUGGACGAGGAAUAUGAAGAUGAUGAGUUCGAUGGUGAAGGCAAAGACUGGGAUGAUGAAGGUGAGUUGGAAGUAGAUGAUGUUGAUGACGGUGGUAAUAUUAUUUUUGUUGGCGACGAUGACAAGGAUGAUAGAAAUGAUGGUGUGAGUAGAAAAGCGAAAACAUUAAAGGCUGAGAAGAUAGCUAGGUAGUCCUUCUAUCUUAGUGUAUUGCUGCUCUUGUUCAGUUUUCUUCUGUGAUACAAGUUUUUGUAGGUGAGAACCAGAUGACUAGAAAUACAUGAAAGAAGUGUUCACAGUAUUUGAUCCAAGGUAUAUGGGUAAUAUUGUCAGCUAAACAAGGUGUGGGCCGUGUUAAAUGCUUUAUCUAAUAUAUAUAGCUUCUAUCAAAUCUGACCUGAAAUGUUUUAUAAAAUUGAUUUGGAUC